GUGCUUUUAGAUUUCUAUGGCUUCCCUGUCGACCCUCUACCUAAUCAAGAACCCUAGUCCUCUGCGCUUUUUUACCUCCAAAGCUUCCUCGCCUUGCUUAGGGUUUGGCUCUCAGAUCCACCUCAAACCCAACGAGAUCCGGUUUCCGGCAUGCCGAGUUUAUUCGAAGAUGGUCUUCCCCACUCUGCAAGCCGAUGACUUUCGCCACCCUGUGGAUUUAGAGGGCGUUCGGCGGUAUAUGCCACAGCCAGAUUCUUCGGCUGAGAUGGGAGUGGCUGCAGAAGAUGUAGUCGCACGUUACCUUGCAGUAGGUGCAUUUCCAUCAGAAAAAAUUGAGGAUGAUGGCACUUCCGUUCUGGCCGGUCCGACUCAG